AUGGCUCACUUCCUUCCUUUUGUCAUUCUAAUAUUUCUCCUCAUUUGCAUGCAAACACUGUGUGAGCAAGGAGAUGUGAAAGUUUUCUUUAAAACUACUGUUCACAUCAAGAGCGCCGUCGGGGGCCAACUACGGUUUCGUUGCCAGUCCAAAGACGACGAUCUUGGAAAUCAAACACUCAGCACCGGUGGAUAUUAUGAUUUUCACUUCCAUCCAUCCUUUAAUACUCUAUUAUUUUGCCAUUUUUACUGGAAUUCCCUAGACAAAAGCAUUAAUGUUUACUAUCCAAACUUGGCGGGUAGUUGUGAACAUGGUCUUGUGCAUUAUGACUGCUUCUGGCGUGUGACACCCACGGGUUUUUAUUUUAGUAACAAUGACAAGGAAUACGCGUUUGCAAGAUCUUGGCGUGUGACACCCACCAAUUUUUACCUUAGCAAUGAUGACAAGCAUUACCGGUUGAUAAAUUCUUGGUGA